AGCAUUUCCACAUACAAAUAGCAUUUUAGACAACAGAAAAAAAUAUGGAUGGCACACUAUAUGUAUUGCUUUUUAUAACCCUGGUGGGAUACACUGAGUCACUUGAAUGCUACACCUGCUCAAAUGUCGCUGAUAUAGCCAAAUGCAAUGUCACAAUAUCGUGUUCAGCGGGUCAGUCAUGUUACCACAACUUUACAUCAGGACAUGAAAGCCUUGGAUGUGUUGAUAAUAAGAAAUGUGACUCGCACGCUGCAGGUCCUUCGAUUAUUGGUAGAGGUCUAGUUUCUAGGAAAACGUCAUCAUGUUUCGAAUGCUGCUCCACUAACCAUUGUAACUCUGCUCUUUGCAGUCAUCCUGACCCCAAAGCUUGCGUUGAUGAUGAAUCAGUGGACUGUGCAAGACUGAAUUCUAUAUUAAGUAUUUGUAAUGACCCACGUGCAAGUAGUCUGUGUGCUAAAUUCUGCGGACUCUGUAUGGUUGACGGAAACUGGACAGUAUGGUCAACUUGGAGCACAUGUGACGUAACCUGCGAAAGUGGACAUCAGACCAAAACUCGAACAUGCACUGAUCCGGCACCACAAAAUGGAGGUCUUGACUGUGUAGGAGAUGGAAUCAUGACCAAAUCAUGUAAAACUGAACAAAAAUGCCCAGUUCAUGGCGGAUGGAGUGAUUGGUCACAUUGGGGCACUUGCUCAGUAACAUGUGGCAUGGGCUUGAAACGUCGCACAAGGACUUGUUCUAAUCCAACUCCUAGUCUUGGCGGUAAUCAUUGUUUUGGAGACAGGUCUGAAAUACAACUGUGUAUGCCAGCACCAUGUGCAAACGGUGGUUGGAGUGCGUGGACCUCGUGGAGUACAUGUAGUGCAACUUGUGGCGGAGGAAUAAGAUCACAAACGAGGUCAUGUACAAAUCCUCCCCCUUCGCCUUAUGGACAGUAUUGCGUAGGAUCAAAUGACAGGGUGGAGCCUUGUGCUAAUAAUUACUGUGUUAAUUACUGUUCUUCAAGUCCAUGUCAACACGGGCAUUGCCGGAACACUCCAAGUGGAUUCACUUGCGAUUGCGACUUUCCGUAUGUCGGCACUACAUGCGACAUUCGUGCACCUUCUGACUGUUAUGAAAUUUUCACAAAAAAACUCGGUUCAAAAACAGGGGUAUACAAUAUCACUUUGUGGAGAUCUAAUGUAACUAUAUCAGUUUACUGCGAUAUGGAUACCGUUCCACCAGGAUGGACGGUUUUCCAACACAGAUUCGAUGGGUCUCUUGACUUUUACAGAAACCGUUCUGAAUAUGUAAAUGGUUUCGGAAAAAUGGACGGCGAAUUUUGGCUGGGUCUUCGUUACAUUGAAGAAAUUGCGUCACAGUAUGAAAGUGUACUGCGGCUUGAUCUCACUUCUGCCAAUGACUCACACGUGUACGAAGUUUUCCAAAAUUUCAGCUUGUCAAAUACUUUAAACUUCACUUUGCAUCUAGGAAAUCUAACAGUCGAACAGGUACCAGGUAGCCACAAUGGACUCCUUUAUCACAACGGGCAGGGCUUUACCACAUAUGAUAACGAUGUCGACGCCUGGCCAGUAGGUAAUUGCGCAAGGCUUAAUAAAGCUGGAUGGUGGUACAUUGGAUGCGAAUAUGCAAACUUAAAUGGCGAGUAUGGAAAUCCACCAGGGUCAGUUAAUUCUCUUAACAACGGCGGGGCAGGCUUCAUUUACUAUACAUGGCAGCAAUAUUAUACCCUUAAAGCUUCUAAAAUAAUGUUCAGAAAGCAAUACCAAUAAAGAACUAUUACUGUUAUACUGUUUCUUUUGAUUUGAAUACCAUCUUAAGCAGCUGUUGUUAAUAAUGUAAAGUUGAUGUCUACGUCUAAGUUUCUGUUCAAAUACAAUGUAAUAGUUUUUUUUGGAAAGAUAAUUUCAUCAGAUGAGUCAGUAGAUCUGUACAAAUCACUAAAGACGUUUUGUUCUACCGGUAGCUUAUAAACAUGUAUACAGUACACAUGUACUAAUAAGA